AUGAGUGACUUUAAUAUCGAAAGAGCUUCAGAGAAGGCAAGAAGGUUAUUGACUGAAGCUCAGUCUAUUUGUCAUGAAUCGAAUAAUCAGUUGUCAUCGGUCAAGGCUCGCAUUAGAGAAUGGCAGAAAUACCGAUCAAAAUUACACUUCGUCUUGGACUGUGUAACAGAGCAGUGUCAGUUCCUGGUGGACGUGUUACUAAAACAUGCCACUGGCGGUAAUCUCAUCCAGAAACAGUGGCGACAAAUGGUCUUAGAGGACCUGGUGGGCGACAUGGAACGCUGGCAGCAAGAAAUUCAAAAAAAGGUUGCCAAGCUAGAUGGUGUCUCCAAUGCUUUGGAUCGAGAGCGGGACUCAAAACUGGGUGAUUUUAUAUCCAGAGGAUCAUUUCAUGCGCUUGACGAGAAGAUAAACGAAAUACCAGUCAUACGGAAACAGGUUGAGAAGAUAUCUCGUCAAUAUCAACAGAUGGUUGGCAAAGUACAAAGUCAACUCUUAGAAACUCGCUUGCGAAAGGUGAAACAACUAUACGAAGCCAAAUUCGGCGAUAAUUGUGACAGCAAUAUCAAGCUGGACGAGCACGUUACCGUAGAGGCUGAUCAACUGGAACAGGAACUUACUGAAUUUCUAAAGUCUCUGACUGACCACUUCGAUAAAUGCGACAUUUUGCUGUCGAAAAAGCUGGCGCCUGAAGACAUUAAAACCCUUUAUGAAAUUGUGGAACGCGAUGACAAAGAGUUACCAGCCAUUGGUAAUGCACUAAAAGAAGCGGCGGAUGAUGUUGCCCACUUUGUCGAACAUGCUAAUAAUCUCCUUGACGGUAAAGAGGCCGAGAAGGCACUGGUACAGUCAAUGGUAUUGAAGCUUUUAAAUGAGCUGCGAAAGCAUGAGGAAUACAUCUUGGUCUUUGAGGGUAUAGCCAAUCUAAUUAGAAAGUUCGUGUUGUCUUGCAGGGACAGCAUUCAGCAGACCAAGGAACUUCUCGAUUUCUAUUCCAAUUUUGAGAAAAGCUACUACAGUCUACUUUCAGAAGUUAAUAGACGCCGUGAAACAGCCGAGAAGAUGUCACAUUUACUUGAAAGUUGCAGAGAACAGCUCGAGCAGUUAAGUUCGACCGACAUCCGCGAACGACAAAAGUUUUUGAGAGAGAAUGGGGACUUCCUUCCUGAAACAAUAUGGCCCGAUGAAAUUGGUAAUAUAUCUCCUCUAUAUUCAUUCGAUUUCCAUGUUAGAAAAGUGUGA